AUGGCUUUCCUCAACGACAAGAUCACGGACAUCGGACUACCACUGGAAUUGUCUCUCUUUACUGUGCCGCCCAAUCAAGUAGCUGUCGAAAAAAUUUACUUUUCGGAAUGUCGUCCCGUGACCUCCUUCGACACCACCGAUGCCCCCAUCGAAAUAACCGUUCCCAAUCAGGGCAACGAGUACAUAGAUUUGAGACGCAGUCGCCUCUAUGUCAAGUGCAAGAUCCUCAAAGUCGACGGCACGCCACUGGCUGCUCAGGAAAAGACCGGCAUCAUCAAUGUCCCCCUACAGUCCAUGUGGUCUCAGAUCGACGUGUACAUGAACGGGAAACUCGUAUCGCUCAACACGAGUUAUCAUCCUUGGAAGGCUUAUCUCAAACUCAUUCUCUCGGACGGCGGGGACGUGACGGGCUCCCAGUUACAGUCGCAAUUAUUUUAUCUGGACGAUUCCGAGAUGGACGACCCGGACCCUUACGCAGGGUCCAACGGCGGACUGGCCAAUCGAUACGUGUACACACAGCAGAGUCACAUCUUCGAUCUGGAAAGACCCCUGUACGAGGACAUUUUUCGUCUAGACAAGUAUCUUCUGAAUGGCGUAGAUCUUCAUCUGAAACUGUUCCGUACUUCAUCCUCAUUUGUUCUGAUGAGCGAAGAGAGUACCCCGGCUUACAAACUGCAACUGCUGGACGUAUCGUUUAAGGCAUGUAUGGUCAAGGUAGAUAGCGGGGUCUUAAUCAAUCACGCCGAGAUUCUAAAAGAAACAACUGCCAAAUAUCCUCUGACUAGAACUGAAGUGAAAAUGAACACCUGUCCAAAGGACUCGGGAUCUUUCAUCUGGCAGAACAUCUGGUCUAAUACCCUUCCCAUGAAAGCCGUCUUUUGCUUUGUGUCACAGACGGCCGUCAACGGAGAUUACCAGAAAAAUCCAUUUAAUUUUCAAAACUUGGCCGAGGAAAUGGCCUUGUACGUCAAUGGAGAAAGUCUGCCAGCUCGACCCAUGAGAAUGGACGUGGGAGUCAACAAAAACUACGUUUCCGCCUACGUCAAUCUCUUCGAGGCUUCGGAGAAGUGGAACAAAGACGCCGGACUCAAGAUCACUCGUUCCUCUUUGGCCAGCGGAUACGCGAUAUUUGCUUUCAAUCUGGCACCGAGUGACUUGGGAGAAAGCUAUUUAAACCUGAUUCGUCAGGGAAACGUCAGAUUGGAAGUCAAGUUUGCAAGCGUUACGACCGAAACCCUGAACUGUCUCGCAUAUGCAGAAUUUCCCGCACUCUUAGAGAUAGAUCAGUCCCGGGACAUCAGAUACACGAGAGCAUGA